UUUAUGUAACUGUUUCACGGUGAGUAGUUUGCAGUCAGGGCUAACGACGUUAGCAGACGUCAACUUGCCCGAGGUCUGUCACCACACGGUGUAGCAGCUGCUGAUUAGUUAGCGUUAGCUCACUGUGCUAUGUUGACAUAAUGUUAGCUACUGCUGCAGAAAUGAGAGAAGUUACAAACAUUAAGCACUAAGACAGGCUUACAUCAAACGGUCAACAUUCACCACUAAAACUUGACAUUUUGCGUCUGUAUGAGUGAUUGACGUUACUUGAGACGGUACUUUGUAAGACUGAUCUCACGGUUAAAGCUAGCGUUAGCCUAAGGUUUCAUCGAAAAGAAAACAUUCCUUCAUUAUUGCGGAGCAUGCUAACAUUAACGUCUGCUAACUGAGCUGCAUAUUGACACCAUCUGCUUUUAUUGCCAGAUAACAACUGGCAAACACUGAUGCUUCCGUAACUCUUUGAUAGUCAGUAAUACGAAUUCAUUUGUGGUUUCGGAGUUUUGUCUGACAGUUAAACUCCGCCGACACUAGCCUCAUAGCAUUAGUUACUUAUUGGCUCUCUGUUGCUAGCCGACCUAGCUAACGUUAGCUGUCGUUUUUAGUUGUGCCAAUCGGUGGGGGUUGGUAGGGAGGUUCACAAGCGAGUCCAGAGAGAAAUGUCCAUGCAGUAAACGAAACUUUAGUCCAUGUUAGCCAGCGUGUUAUUGUUUCGUUUCGUUUCGUUUCGUUUGUUUACGUCGCUGAGUGUGUCAGUCUACAGAAUAUGGUUAUGUGGCGAUCAGCUCUCGGUAAUGUCAACGCCAUGUCGGGAUGGGAAGGUUUGAUGGAGCCAAUGUUUCAGUGACGUGACUGUGUUUCAGGGUUUCAGUCCGCCAUACAGGAGGAGGAGGACAGUAGAGGAUUUUAACAAGUUUUGCACUUUUGUCUUGGCCUAUGCCGGUUACAUCCCAUACCCCCAAGAGACUACAGCAGUUAAUUCACAUGAUGGUGUAUGGCUGUGUGGUCAUCUGUUGAUACCUGAUGAUGGGUUCUGUGCCCCAGAUCUCCCUGCUAAUGAAAAUACAGCAUAAUUGUUGUCAUGACUCUCCACUGCGCAGUAGUUCCAGCCCCCCCAACAGUACAGGCAGCACAGCUGACAGUGAUGGCUGGACCCCAGGACCCCCAGCCUCCUGCCCCCAGCGCUCACCCAAGGUUCCCCAGGACAGGAGCAGGAAGCGUCCACAGCCAGGAGCCACGCUGUCCAGUCACACCAAGAAAGAUUACACAAUCACUACCCUGCACCCAGAUGACCGCAGGAAAGCUGACAAGCUGAAGAAGAAGAAGAGGAGAAAGGAGAGGGAGCUUCAGGCUGGAGAGGAAAGUGAGGCCCAGCAGGCCCCCUCGACAGUCCCAGGGCUACCAUUCCCUGUCUCCUUUGGUGGACGAACAAUCAAAGAAGAGCCUGAAGAUGAUAUCAGCAUAACCCUCCACCCCCAGCAUCUGCCUAGUCCUUCCCCCUGCAAGGAGGAGCCCAAGGAGGAGCGUAGAUACUGGGAUGGCCGGGACCUUGAAGAAGGUGUGGUAAAGGUACAGAAGGUGGAGGGCUUUUCAGGAAACAGAACAGUGUUCCGCCAGGGGAAACAGGUGGUGUUCAGAGACGAAGAUGGAUCAGGAGAGGAUGAGGACAUCAUGGUAGACUCAGAUGACGACUCGUGGGACCUUGUCACAUGUUUCUGCAUGAAGCCUUUUGCGGGCCGGGCCAUGAUCGAGUGUAACAAGUGUCACACCUGGAUCCACCUGUCGUGCGCUAAGAUCCGCAAGAGCCACGUGCCAGAGACAUAUGUGUGCCAGAGCUGCCGAGAGACACACGGUGCCCCAGACGCCCGCCGCUCCCACCGCUCACGCGUAGGCCCACGCAAACACCUGCUAGACUGACCCCAAGCCAAACCCUGAACCCUGAACUCUGAACUCUGACCCCUUCCUCUCCUGCUUCUCCUCCACCUGCUGGACUGCCCCUUCCUCAGUAUCAGGUUUUGGAUCCUUCAGUCUCUGUCCCUCAUGGUCAGCCAUGAACCCCCAUUUUCUAUAAACACUUUGGUGGACCUAUCCCAAGCCCUUAUUCCAUUUGAAAACAGUUUGAGUGAUAUUUUAGAUUUACUAAGGUUUGUUUCUGCUUCCCUACAGACUCUGCGUAAGGCAAUCACUGAAUGGAUGUCUGUCUGUAGAUGACAUUAGCAUAGCAGCAAACCGCUACUGUUGGGACUUGGUGUCUCGUGAACACUGGAAACAUUUGAACUGCCAUAUAGAGAGAAUACCCUCACAACUGCCACCCACUAUGGUGCAUGCUGGGAUUUGUUGGAAAGUAUGUUUGCACUUUUUCUCACUUUUUUUUCUUAGUUUUAAAUCCAUCUGACCUUUCUGUCAUAGAGACAGGUAUGUCUUUCUGAUUAAACUGGAUUUGAUUUCUCUAAGAUGCCUAUCUCACAUAAUUAACCAUUUUAAAAAAUGAGAAAAUAAGUCAAGCCUUGUGUCAAUUGCUUCAGAUGGUGCUAUAGUAUUAAGCUGAGGUAUAUUCCAAUAGAACAAAGAUGUAGGAUAAGAGACGAGAGUCUGCAUCUGCUUCAUCUGUUUGUUGUUCUGUUUUGUUAUUUAAGACACUGUGAAAGAAUAUCAUUGAGGCUUUAAGCCCAUACAACUGAACCAAGCCCUUGUUCCUCUCCCUUCUACUUCACAAGCUGUCUUCCAACCUCGGCUACUCAUCUGAAUCAAGAUGUUACUUGGCCACACAUGGAGCUUUCAAAUGCUGUGUUUCUCAAAAAUGUUCAAAUAGCAUUCUUAUUUCACCAGAAGUUCUUUUAUAAUAAAGAAUUUGUUAUUUUGCAGUUAAAAAAAAAAAAAAAAAAGCAGAUAAUUGA